GAGCUGGAGAAUGAGAACUGGUAUCACGGUGCUCUUCCCCUGGAAGACGUUAUUUGCCUGAUAGCUGAAAGUGGUGAUUUUCUACUAAGAGCGCUCGAUGCAGAAGGAGGACGAGGUCCAGUGCCUUGCUUAACGGUGCGGGUAGAAAAGCACAUCAAAGACUAUCCGAUCCACGUAGUUCAACAAAGAAAUAUGCCAUUCUUCACGAUAGAUGGUGUCAAUAAAGCACCUUCUGCGAUUGCCAUAGUGCAAAAACACUUCAGCGAGAGAAUUCCGGUUGCUGGUCAAGCAAUGCUUAUGAGACCGAUCCCAAAACAAGCAUGGGAGCUCUCAAAGGACAAAAUAAGACUGGAUUCAAAAAUUGGUGAAGGAGCAUUCGGUGAAGUAUGGAAAGGAACGUUGAGGCACUUCACGAUGAACCUCCAAGUUGCUAUCAAAGUGACAAAAGUCAAGGAAGAAAACAAGGCUCUGAUGCAAGAAAUGCACAAAGAAGCGCGACUGAUGCGACAGUACAAGCAUUUGUACGGAAUUACAUGA